AUGAAAUAUGAAAUCCCCUCUUAUACUGCCACCUGGCACAACACCACUUAUCCCUCUAUCGACCCAUCGCAGCCCUCCCUAUCAGCGCAGGGCAAGACCAUCGUCGUCACCGGCGCCGGCAGUGGGAUCGGCAGAGAGACAUGUCUUGCCUUUGCAGCUGCAGGUGCUUCUCGCAUCUCCCUGCUAGGCCUUCAGAUCGAGACUCUCACAGAGACACAAGCCCUGAUUCUUGAACACUACCCAGCCACCAGCGCAACCGUCUAUGUCACCGAUGUCACCGACAACGAGGCGGUUCGUAAAGCCUCCAGUGCGAUCGGUGGUUGGGAUGUGCUCAUUCUCAAUGCCGCAUCGGCGGUGGACCCGUCACCAAUUGUUGAAGCGGAUAUCGAUGCUUGGUGGAAAGUGAUGGAGACAAACGUCAAGGGCAUGCUUCUCUUCGCUCACCAUUUCCUACCUACCUGCCAUCCGCGUGCUGUCGUCAUCAAUGUCGCCGCCCAAGUCGUCUCCAUGCCCGUCACGCCUACCAACCCCACCGCCGGUGUCUCGGCCUAUAUCGUCUCGAAGAUGGCACAGGUCAAGCUGACGGAGUUCAUCUCCGCUGAGAUUGGGGACGGGGUCGCCAUCUCGGUCCAUCCGGGUAUCGUCCACACAGAACUGUCGGACAAAUCGGGUCUCCUGAAAAAGGCCAAGCCGGCCAUGGAUGAUAUCAAACUGAGUGCGCAUUUUCUCGUCUGGGCAGCCAGCGAAGAAGGCCGCUUUCUCAAUGGGAAAUUCUGUAUGGCUAACUGGGACGUCAGCGAGCUGAAGGCCAAGGCAGGCCAGAUCCAAGAGAGUCAGCUGUGUACCAGUGGCAUUUUAGGAUGGCCGUUUCGUAUAUGA